AUGACUCACGUAGAGAUUGACUCCGCUCGGUUCCGCAAGGAACUGCUCUUUGUCUGCUUCAAGAGCGACGACGCCUCUAUCGACCGUGUGCGACAGCUGCAUGAAGUGCUCCCGAGCCCCACGGACAAGGUGCUGUCACCUGAGAUCGUGCAGGGCCAGGUGAUCAUCUCGUCGCCCAAAGGUUUCUCCCACCAGGGAUUAGCCAUGAAGGUGGAGGGUAGCGCUCGUAUGCAAUUAUCCACAAAGGGCGCAGGGCUCUUUGAGUCCUUCUACAAUAACGUGGCUCAUCUGGAGCUAGUGUACUUUCACCUCCCCGUGGCUCCAGCAGGCAAGGUCCCUCCAGGUAUCACCAAAUUCCCCUUCGAGUUCGAACUACAGGGAAACGAUGGCCAAGAGCUACUGGAGACGUACCAUGGGGUGUACGUUUCAGUUAAAUACGAGAUCGUGUGUGACUGUAUCCGAGGUAUUAUGAAGAACAAACUGCACAAGACACUGGAAUUUGUGGUGGAAAUACCGCUGAGAGAGCCACUACUGGACUCGCCUGAAGAGUUUCAUAUCACACCGGAGUCUCUGGAGAAUGUGCGACCGCAGAGUUUGUCAGCGAUGCCGUAUUUCCAUAUCACGGGCAAGGUCCAUCGCACAAACUGCCCAGUGAACUUACCGUUCACCGGCGAGAUAAUAAUUGAGGAAGCCAAGAGUCCGAUCAAGUCGAAUAAGCUGAGCAUUUUUGUCUGGUGCCACUCAGCCUUCAAGGUUGAAUUCGAGACCAACAUCGUGGUUCUGUUUGAAAACGGAAACAUGAUUACGGAGAACUUCCCCAUUACUUUAUAUCGGUAG